UAUAGGUUUUUUAUCUCUUGGGUUGGUUUCUGUGUAUAUUUCUUUGAAAAUGAGUUACAUGGAAGUAGAUAUUGAUGAUCUGGAAUUUCAUGAACACGCGGGAGGCGGAGCUUACGGAUCAGUCUACAAAGCGUUUUGGAAGAGCAGAGAACGCAUCGUCGCCGUCAAGAAACUUCUUUCUGUGGACGAAAAUGAGCUGCAGGUGUUAAGUAUGCUCAGCCACAGGAAUAUUGUGCAGUUCUAUUGUGCUGUCACGCGAGCUCCAAACUUCUGUCUUGUCACAGAAUUUGCAACGAAAGGUUCAUUGUUUGCUUACCUUUCAAAACAUGCGCUUGGCUUUCGUCAGAUUGUAACGUGGGCACGAGAGAUCGCUUUAGGUGUGAAUUAUUUGCACAAUGAAGCUCCAAUUGCUGUUAUUCAUAGAGAUCUCAAGUCAAAGAAUGUUGUGAUUUCUGAGGACAUGACAGCCAAGAUAUGUGACUUUGGUUGUUCAAGAUUUCUCAACAAUACGACAAAAAUGUCAAUGGCUGGCACAUUUCCGUGGAUGGCUCCAGAAAUCAUUCAAGGGCUUCCGAUCUCGGCAAAAUGUGACUCGUAUUCAUAUGGAGUGAUGCUGUGGGAGCUGUUGACUCAAGAGGUUCCGUUUAAGGGUUUAGAGGGUUUGCAAGUUGCUUGGCUUGUGGUGGCAAAACAUGAACGUUUGACCAUUCCAAGUUCGUGUCCUCCACAAUUUUCUCGGUUAAUGCAAUGGUGUUGGCAAGCAGAGCCUAAAGACAGAGUUGAUUUCAGGCAGAUAUUAGAUGAGCUGCAAGCAAUGGUCAAAGAUGAUGCUCUUUCUGACAUCACAGAAACAUUUCUCAAAAGGAAAAUAGAGUGGAGAAAUGAAAUCGAACAAACAUUAACGAGACUUAAGAUGCUUGAACACAACCUGAAUGAAAGAGAACGAGACCUCAUUGAUAGAGAACUACACAUCCGUGAACGAGAGAAAGAGCUUGAGCAGAUGGUGCAGCUGAAAGCUCCAGAGGACCACGACAUCCAGAGUUGGUCAGAGUGUGACGUCUUUGUUUGGCUUCGUAAUCUUGGAGUGUCUGGAUAUGGCAGGGAUCUGGCGAUGUAUGCACAGACGUUUUUGGAUCAUAAUAUUAGUGGUAGAAGGCUGUUGAUGUUGAGUGUUGAUGACUUGAAGGCGAUGGGAAUAUUGUCGGUCGGCCACAGGGUGGAGCUAUUGGAUGAAAUUGAUAAAUUACGAAAGCAAAACAGUCGGCUCAGAAAUUUCCCUCCAUUGACAAAAGCAACAAGUCCAGGUAGUAUGACUGCCUGUCCAUAUCGAGUUAUUAAUUUAACUCUGGAGGUUGGGAAUUACUGCCGUCGUGGUGCUGAACCGAAGCAAAUCAAAUGGAAGAUGUAUCUUGAAGUUGAUGGCGAUGACUCUGCGCUUGUGCUGAUUAGAGAAGUGACGUUCAUAUUCUCAAAAGCAGUGCCUAUUGAUCUGGUUGUAUUGCAUCAGCCACCAUUUGUGAUGGACAAAUGGAGAGUUGGAAAUCUCGGCCAAACCUUUACAGUCGAAUGUGUCAUCGCAUACGAGGGAAAUGUGAAGAAACCUCGCACAACACGCAUUCUCCACGAAGUCGUGCUGGGCAAUGAAGUUCCGCCUGCCAUCGAGAUGUCCAUUCAACUGCAAUUGAAGCGAUUAUCCACAGGCCCUCCAUGGCCACCAGAAUCUCGAGACAGCGGCAUAAACAUCGAAUAUGGAUCAGUUGGAGGGAGCAGUCAGACACAGACGCCAACGGUGUCUGUAGAUGCUGAGAGACAUGCGACUGUAUCUUUACAGAAAACCCGUCGAGGAUCGUCUGCAUCUGAAAUAAGCGACGCGUCUCGAUCGUAUUCUCACACAGCGAAGACAAAAUUGCAGUCAGUAAGCAUGACUCCUGCUGGGGUGUGGAGCGACAAAGGCAACACAACUCUUGCCUUGGGGAUUGGACCGUAUUCUGGUCAAGGAAAUACAAAAGUUCAACGAUGGCCGAUGGCUAAAGAUGUGACAAGCCGCCCGUUAAUUGUGGGCGUGUCCACUAGAAAGCAAACGCCCAUAGAGCCAAGACCUGCUUCCCCUGAUGUAUGGAGUGGGUCGUCAAAGUCUCAUGGAAAUAUAACGACUAAAGCGAGUGGAGAUUGGAGUUCAAGAAGUAAACCGAGGGGGCAGCAAGCAAGUCAUGAAUUGGGGAGUAGACGAGAUGACAGGUGGAAGAAUGAGGCAAGGAGAGGAAGAGGAGGAGGAACUCAGCAAGGAAAGAGAGGGAAAGGAGCAGGGCAACGAGACUCUCAAUCACUCAAAAUACAGAAAAAUGAAGGAACAUUGAACGAGUAUCGUCGCACAGCCAGCAACCCAGAAGCAAAAUACAAACACAAACAACUUCAGACGACUCGCUGUCGUGUAUCUAAAAUGGGUGGAGUGUUCGCCAAGUUGUUCUCUGGCCUGUUCGGCAAGAAAGAGAUGCGCAUUCUCAUGGUUGGGCUAGACGCCGCCGGAAAGACGACUAUUCUGUAUAAAUUGAAGCUAGGCGAGAUUGUAACGACAAUCCCCACCAUAGGAUUCAACGUGGAAACAGUGGAAUAUAAAAACAUUAGCUUUACUGUGUGGGAUGUGGGUGGUCAAGACAAAAUCCGGCCGUUGUGGAGGCAUUAUUUCCAGAAUACUCAAGGCUUGAUUUUUGUGGUCGACAGCAAUGACAGAGAGCGACUGGGUGAAGCGAGAGAAGAACUAAACAGGAUGCUGGGAGAAGAUGAACUUAGAGGUGCAGCUCUUCUCGUGUUUGCAAACAAACAGGAUCUACCCAAUGCAAUGAAUGCGGCCGAAGUGACUGACAAAUUGGGUCUACAGGCGUUGCGAGCUCGAACAUGCAGUAUGGCGUGCACCUUCUGGGCUGCAGACUAUCUCGUAGACAAAAAUGUUUUGAACAUUUGUGGUGUUACAUUACAAGUGUGUAUUGAAAAGAUGUGUUGGCAUCCGUUCGCUGGACAUACGGGCCUUCUCAAUACUAAACCCCGCAUAUCCGAUUUUAGUCAGCUUUUCUGUCAGAUGUUCAAAGGAUUGAAGAACAAAUUACAAGAGCCAAACGCUGAAACGAAGCCACCAGCAACUGCAUCCAAAACCACGUCUGAUAAGUCGCUCGUUUCGUCGUCAAACGCACAGAAGGCGGUUGGAAAACAUGAUGAGCAGAGGGGCGAUGCAGGAGGAGAGAGGGAGGGUGUGAAAAGUGCUACAAAUGACAAUACAGUUAAGACUGUUGUGGCACCUGCUCAAUCUGAGACAACAAACACUAAAGAACCAGAACAUGUAAAUGUUACACAGAAGAAGGGAGAUGAGCAGCAGCCACAGUCACAGAUAAGCAGCAUGUUUGGACGACUCAAGAAGAAAGUAGUUGAUACGGCUACUGCUGUGAAGUCUCCAGCUAAAGGUGGUGGUGACUCAUCGAGUGAGGUGGAGGAUCUGGAUAUAAACCAGUUGAAUCAAAUGACAAAAGACGAACUAGUGACAUUUGCUACGAAACAAGCCAAACAGGCAUACAGAUAUCGAGGUAGAUUUAGUGAGAUGAUGGAGUCAUUCAAGACAUUACAAAAGGAGAAGGAGAAGUUUGAGACGGCUUUACAGCAGAGCCAAGACCGUUCAAUGAAACGAAUAGCAGAAAUGAAAGAAGUUCAGCAACUUGAUCAACAAGCCAAAGCUCAUUUGGAGGAAAGUUUUCAGACAAUGCUAGAGGAGAAAGAUCAUACGAUCAGUACUUUACAGACACAGGUUCAGUUGUUGAAAGAGCAUCAAACUCAAGCAGCAACUGAACAUACAAGUGAUGGCUCAUCCAGUGAAGUAAGCAGCACGUCUGCUGAUCAAACCAAAAUCAAAGCACUUGAACAAAAGAUUCAAAAGCUGGAAAUGUUUUUGACUAAAUGUAAAGACAGUGUGAAGCAGAGCAAAGAAAAACAGGCUCAACUACAGGAAGAGAAGGAGCUCCUACAAGCUCAGUUGGAAGAAAAGUCUAAAGCCUUUACUGAGAGUGACACAACUGCAUUGUUGCUGGAAGAACUCAAGAAAAAACAUGAACAUGAACUGUCAAAGGCAAAUGCAGACCAUGCAGCUGUUGUGGAAGCUCUUCAGAAAAGCAAACUAGAAGUUGUUCAAAUGAUGACAGAAGACAAAGAGGCAGCUCUGACCCAACUGAAAUCAGACAUGGAAACCAAACUUAAAACUAAAACUGAUGAGUCAGUGGAAGAAACCAUUAGAAGAUUGAAAGCAACUGUUCUUUCUCAAGAGAAGGAGAGAGAUGAGGUUGUGGAGAAGAUGAGACAAGAGAAAGAUGAUGCUGUGGAGAAUGUGAAGAAGGAGAAGAUCGAGGCGAUAACUGCUGAACGAGAGGAGAAGAAACAGAUUGUGGUUGAAAUGAAGAAACAGAGACAGAAAGAUGUUGAAAAGAUGAAGGCUCGGGUUGAGACACUGAUGGCUGAGAAACAGAAGGCACAUGACGAAGAGAUGGCAGAUGCUCAACACAAAUACGAUGAGAUUUUGAAGAAGAAAGAUGGAGAUGUAGAAGUGAAAAUAAGAGAACUAAGGCGGACACUUGAUGUAAUGCAGAAGGACAAGGAAGAGACAUUUAGUGAGAUGAAGAGGAGCAAAGAGGUUGCACUGAUGGAGAUGGAUCGUAUUCAUCAAGAGGCGCUGGAUGAGAGCAAAAGGCAAAGGCAACAGGAAAUGACAGCAAAAGAACAAGAAAUAGUUGAAAAGCAGACAGAUCUGGAUGCAGCUGUGGAAUCAAUGUUGAAGCUGAAGGAGGAGAACAAAGCGGCAAUGAAUGCAUUAACUUCGGAAAAUGAGAAAAUGAUGGAGAAGUUGAAGAGUGAGAUGAAGAGACAGGUGGAAGAGUUGCAGGCUGAAUUAGAAGAAACGAAGUCAAGACUGACAGAAGUGAUUCACACAUCCACACAAUAUCAAGAUCAGUUAGAGAAGCAAGGAGGAGAUAGUCAGCAAUGUGAGGAGUUAAAGGCAUUGCUGUUGGACAUGGAGAAGAAUUUGCAAGAAACAAGGAGUCUUAUGGAAGACAAAGAGAAGUCACUACAACAUGCUGAUGAACAAGUGGAAAAGAUGAAGUUGACACACAAAGAGCAGUUAGACAAAGUCACAUUAGAGCAUCAAGAGAAGAUUGCAGUGUUAGAGAAAGAGCACAAGGAAAAAGUCAAGGAACUUGAGGCAAGACAUGAAGUGAGUUUGAAACAAAAACUGGAAGAAACAGGAAGUGAAGUUGAGACAAAAGCAAACGAAAAGGUUUUGAAGCUUGAAAAAAGCAGGCAGCAGCUGGAGUUGCAGCUGUCAAAUGUUGAGCUAUCAACACAAGAAGAAAUUAACAGAUUACAGACAGAUCUACAGGCAAAGAGCAAUGAGAUCAAGUUACUACAAGGGACAAUAGAAGAGAACCGACUGGGAACAAGUCAAUUACAGAAUGAUAUGGAAUCGUUAAGACAGUCAGAGAAGAAACUCGUAGACAAGAUUGAGAGGCAAGAUCAAGAAAUUGUUGAGCAUUUAGAGUCCAUAGCAAGAGAACAAGAACAGCUUUCUGACUUGAAGAAACAACUGGAAGACUUGCAUCAACAGGUUAACCACAAUGAAGAGAGACAUCAAGAAACAAGAAAAGAACUAGAUGCAGCUUUGAAUGAGGCAAGAGAUGCAGAGAAGCGUUUGACAGAUCGAGAAAAGGAAUUUGAGCAGCAGCUGCUUGCUAUGGAAGAAGACAAGAAAGCAACUUUUGAUAAAUUGGCAAAGGAUUAUGCUACACAACAUCGAGAGAAGAUGAGUGAAUUGAAGAAGAGAGCAGAAACGAAAAUAGCUAACAUACAGAAACAGCUGGACGAGAAACAGGAGGAAAUGGCUCGAAUUGAAGAAAAUCUGAGUGCCGAGAAGAGUGCUGUGUUCUCACAGACUGAGCAGCUUAAUGCAGCACUUCAUGAAGCAAGAGAGAAAUAUGAAAAUGAACUCGAAGCAUCUAAGAAGAAGUGGAGGGAUGAUCUUGGCGUGAAAGAGUCUGAGAUGAAAUCACUGCAGCAUACGGUUAUGGAUAUGACAGCAGAGAAAGAAGGAAACACAUUGCAGCUUGAACAAAUGUCAAACAUGCUGGAAGAAAAGGACGCUCUCUUGGUGUCACAACAGGAAAAAUUUGAGAUCAAAACAUUUGAACUGGAAGAGCAGCUGCAGGAGAAAACACGUGAUGUGGAAAAAGCAAGAGAAUGGGAAACAAAGUGUCAUGAGAUGGAGGAGCAAGUUAGACUUGUGACAGCAGAAUUAGAAGGAAAGCAUGACAGCUUAGUUGAGCAGUUAAAGGUUACACAUACAAAUGAACUUGAAGUAGUAAAGCAGCAGGUGAAAGAUGAGAUUUCAUCAAAUUCACAGUUUGAGAUGGCAAGAGUGACAGACAGGCAUCACAAAGAGCUAGAGGCAAAGCAUGAGGAGCUUGCCAGACAAACAGAAGAACUAAACAAGUUAAAGAAAAGUGUAGAAAAGCUAAAGGAAGAUAAUGAUGGCUUGAUGUCUCAAAUUGAGAGUCUAGAAGCACAAAAUGCUGCUGUGAUGGAAGAGAGGAAUGUAGCCAUUCAGUCAUUACCAGAACAAACUCUAGAGCUUGAGGACCUUCAACAGAGACUCAGUGAUCAGGAGAAACUGAUGAUGAUUGAAGUUAAUGUGAAAGAGAAUGUGCAAGGGCUGCUGAAAGCAGCAGAAGAUGAGACAUCUCGUCUUACAAAUGAACAAUCAAGGCUGAACGAGGAGAAGGUUGUUGUUGAGAAACAUUUGGAAGAAGAGAAAACAAGAAACAACAAUCUGGAGACUGUCGUGAUGCAGCAAGAAGAGAAAAUCAAAGAGCUGCAAGCAAUGCAGCUGGAACUAAUUUCAAAACUUGAAGAUGCGCAAGUACUUCUUACAGAUACACAAGGACGGCUGAUAGCUGAGGCAGAAGAAAAAGAAAGCCUGGGGAAACAAAGAGAAGAGGAGGUCGGUCAACUGCAGGAAAAAAUCAUUGCAUUGGAGAAAGAGCAGGAAACUCUGAUGGACCAACAGGCACAGGACAUGGAUAAUCAAAGCAAGACAAAAUUGGCUGAAUUAAAAAAAAAGGCAGAGUCAAAGAUUGCAAGUGUGAAGAAGCAAUACAGUGAACAGUUGGAAAAAAGAGGGAAAGAAUUAAGGGAGCAACAUGAGCUGCAGGUGAAUGAGCUGACAGCUGAAUGGGAGGGUCGAAUAAAGGAAAUCGAAGCAAGUCACUAUGAUAGUUUGGCAGGUCUGCAAGAAGAGCAAAAAGCUACAGCAACUGCAGUGGCUGACAAGCAUGAAGGACGCGUUAAACAAUUAGAAGAAACUGUUAAUAGUCUGCAGGUUCAAAUUAAAGAGAAGGACAGUGAGGCCAAGGAAGCAAGAGAAUCGCUUGAGCAAAUCUACAAGGAGACAAUGCAGAAGGAAAGAGUAGAGCUCGAAGAGAAGGUGAUGAGUUUGAGAAACGAGAAAGAUGAUGUUGAUCGGUUGUUGUCUGAAAAAGAAGCUGAACACCAAGCAGCAAUGAUGAAACUGCAGGAACGGUUGACAUCUGAACUCGACAAGAUGAGAAAUGAACACCAGGAGUCAAUAUCACAUCAAAUAGAUGAGAUGAAAACACAAGUCAAGGAACAGUUUGUUCAUGAAAUGGAUGAACUGAAGGAAAGUCAUCAACAGCAGUUGUUCGAUGUUGAGACACGGUAUGAACAGCAAGCAAUGCUUGCAAUGGAAAGCCAGCAGAAACUGGAACUAAUGAGCAGUGAGAGAGAUGAAGUAGAGGCUCGAUAUCAGAAGAAACUGCAAGAUGCAGAGUCUGAAGCCGAGGAGCAAAUUAGUGAGGCAUGGACAGAGCGAGAUAGAUUGGAGAAUCAGGUGAUUAAGUUGGAGGCUUCCUUCAAACAACAGAUGGCUGCAAAGGACGAGGAAAUGAAAAUGACAAAAGCUCAGUUUGUGACUGAUAGAAAUUCACUAGAGAUGGAGAGGAAGAAAACGAGGGAUCAAGUCGAAGAGCUGGAGAAUGAAGUUAUGAGACAGAAGGAUGGAGUAAGACAAGCACAAGAGAAACUAGCAGAACUAAAAAAGAAAGCAGAGUCCAAACUGGGCACAAUGAAGAAACAAUUCACAGCCAAACUAGAAGAGAAAGAGAACGAACUGCUGGCUGUAAAAUCUCAGACUGAAUUAUGUACAAACGAGGAGAGAAAUUAUUGGCAAACAGAAAUGGAGAGGUUACAAGUACAGCACAACAAGGAGAUGGAAACUUUGAAGAUUCAGGUGACUGAAACAGAACAGCAUACAGUGGACAGUAGCAGCAGAACUGUUGAGGUAGAAGCACUACAGAAAGAGAAAGACGUUUUGUGUCGUUCUCUGGAGGAGCAGAAGGCUGAGUAUCAAGAAAAGAGUGGCAGACUGAAGGCAGAAUUGGAAUCAAAGAUGAAGGAUGCUGCGAUGGAAAUUGAGAGACAGAAGAAUGAACAUCAACAAGAAUUGGUAGCAUCUAGGGAACAACAUGAAAAGGAAAUGGAAGUGCUUGUGAGUCGUGUGAAGGAGAGAGAUGCUGAGGAGCAGAAGUUUAGUGUAGAGCAGUCAAGAGUGGAAGUGUUAGCAUUGAGCUCUGAACUUGAAGAAAGACGGAAGAGAAUCAACUCACUAGAAAAUGCACUACAAGAAUACAAGAAAACAAUCAGAGCAAACAAACAGAAUCAAGAACUCACAAGCUAUCAGAACCAACAGUUGCAGACGCAGCUUCAUGAGGUGCAGAUGCGAAUCAACGAGCAGGAAAAACGGCUUGUAGAAUUGGAGCAGGAGAAAGACGACUUGAUGAAUGACAGCAUGAGAUCGCUUGACACUUCUAUGGUUGCACCAAUGGGCUUGCCUGCCCCUGAGUUGGAGUAUUUGAGGAAUGUGCUGCUUGAGUAUCUAACCGGUGGACGCGAUCGCAAGAAUCUCAUCAAGGUUAUUGUAGCCGUUUGCCGCUUCUCGGAUGAGCAAGCUCGCAAGGUUUUCAGUCAAGCUGUCUGAGACAGAAUUGAUUUGUGAAACUGCUGGAGCUAUGAUUGUAAAGUGUAGGUAAUAAUUUGUAUGAAUUUGGUUCAGUGAAGUUCCAGUAAUUGAUUGUAAUACAAACAGACGACAGUGAAAUACACUCUUUCUGUGUUGAC